UAGCAAAGGCUUAUGGUCUGAAUCAUGAUGACUCCUAGGAACUGAUGAAAGAGAGGAGUGGAGUUGCAAGUCCCUGACUAUUGAGCAUCCAGCUAAUUGAAACAAGGACAGGGCUUGUUUCAAUUAGCUCAAGGAGACUGGGGAGGAACUUGUUCAGCGGGAUGCAUGAACUAUCUGUAUUGGUGAAACAGCCAUUUGUGGUCAGAAUGAACAAAUGAAGAAGCCAUGCAGGGUGGUUAAGAGUCCAAUGUACCAAAUGACAUUCUAGAUGGGCCAGGGGUAAUUUCAUAAAGUUUGCUGUUUUCCUAAACUCUUUCCCCUGUUAGGAUAUACCCACAAAUUGUCCUCAGCUGCAGAAGACUCAUUAUGUAACCUUAAUAAAUCCGAAUCGAGGCCUAAUUCUAGGCCAUUCAACUUCAUUGCCAUUUUGCAAAGAAAACUUCGAGGGCUUACUAUUGAGCCCUCAAUUUUUGCAAAUCAGACAGAAAUAAUCUAAGUGAAGUAAAACAAUAAUCUCAAUUUGUUAGUGCAAAAAUAUUUAUGACUUUAUUAAAGCUGCAUUUAAAUGGUAACCUGAAACCCAAUUACGUUACUUAUUCUGCAUUUCAAGGCACAAUUUAAAUCUGUAUCACACGAACUAGUAAUUUCCUCUUAGGGUUGCCAGGAGGCCUCUUUUACAGAGGACCGUCCUCUGAAGGGCUGCAACAGGCCCAUUCUUUAUUUGAAGGUGUUCUCUAUUUGAAAGUCUGCCUUGUUCAUUUGUUUAAAGAUGAAAAACACCCACAUAAGAACUCUUGCCCAUCAACAGCCUCUGGAUAGCCGACUGACCAGACAUGGAACCCAAGUCACCAGGUCCACUGUCUUCUGCACUAAACUUAAAUGUUGCCAGGUAUAUGAUCUUGGAGAUUUAAAUUUCACCCAUGUGCCCAAUGAUGAGCUAUACAAAAACCUAGUCAAGUACCCACGUUCUGUAGGCUCAGCUAACCAAGUCCUGGCUGACACGGUGAAUGGAGCUGUUGCUGCUGGGCAUAGCUGCAUAACUGUUGGAGGUGAUCACAGUUUGGCACUUGGUUCCAUCAGUGGCCACACAAGGCAGUACCCACAUCUAUGCGUAAUCUGGGUUGAUGCACAUGCUGACAUUAAUACUCCACUCACAACUGAAUCAGGAAAUCUCCAUGGACAGCCAGUCUCAUUUCUUUUAAGAGAACUUCAGGAUAAGGUGCCAUUGCUUCCUGGAUUUUCCUGGCUAAAGCCCUGCCUUUCAAGAUCAGAUAUUGUAUAUAUUGGCCUGAGGGAUGUUGAUCCUGCUGAACACUAUAUUUUGAAGAACUACGGCAUCCAGUAUUUUUCUAUGAGAGAUAUUGAUAGAUUCGGAAUCCAGAAAGUGAUGGAAAGAACUUUUGACCAUCUUUUGGGCAGAGGACAAAGACCAAUCCACCUGAGCUUUGACAUUGAUGCCUUUGACCCAACACUGGCUCCAGCAACAGGGACUCCUGUUUUGGGUGGCUUAACAUAUCGUGAAGGCAUGUACAUUUCAGAGGAAAUACACAACACAGGCCUGCUUUCUGCUGUGGACCUUGUAGAAGUUAAUCCAUUACUUGGAGCUUCCCAGGAGGAAGUGAAUGCAACAGCUAAUCUUGCAGUAGAUGUGAUUGCUACAUGCUUUGGGCAGACAAGAGAAGGAGCACACAUCGUUUUUGAUGAUCUCCCAACACCCAGUUCACCAGAUGAAUCUGACAGUGAAGAGCAAGUACGGAUGUAG